AUGGCCGGACGACCACUGCAGGACUGCGAGAAGCUGUACGAUGAGGCUUUGGCCAGAUUUCCAGGCAGCUUCUUCGCAUAUCACCUUUCUCCGAAUGCCAUCUUGCCGGACCGCGAGAAACCGAUGGAGUUGAAAGGCAUACCCAUGCAUCUGCAAAAAGCCAUCAUCCGAGCUCGGCUUCUUCUAGGCGACACUCGAAAUGCCUACCUUGCAUUGGACACGGCCUUGAGGUUGUAUCCAACCAAUAUCUCCCAUCGCCUGCUGAAAAACUUUCUCAUCGAGCGCCCCAUUACAGAGGCCUACACAAUAUACGCCAUGGCCUACCGCGCGGGCAUGAACACGUCCGGACAGGUCUUCAAAACGCUCAUGUCCAGCUUACGACUGGCUUCCAACAUGACCUCCAUUCCCGUACAUUUCCAAGUCCUCCGCGCGAUGGUCUCCAUGAUGUAUGUGUUCGUGGGCAACUCGAAGAAGAUCCCAAGCAACACUCUCGCUGAGCUCACGAUUGCCAUUACGCAUAUUGGACUCUUGCCUGGCGUGGCUGCCAUGACUCAAUCUCAACGAGACGAGAUAUUUCAGCUGGUUCUGGACAUCAUCAAGACGCUUUGGGAUGUUGGCGCUCGAUUCCAAGCCACUCCUACCGCUUCAGCAUUCGUCAACAUCAUCAAAAACAUCGCCGCUCCUGCUCAAUCUCGAUCCAUUGCGGAAAAUGCCAUGGCUGAUAUGACAGCACUGGGCCUGGAGCCGACAGAAGCCACCCGACGCGCGAUGAUGAACGUCGCUGGGGCAAUCGCCGACGAGGAAAUGGUCCACAAGACAUGGGACGACAUCGUGGCAUCCCGCAGCGCAAAGGGCAAACGCCCGGACCUCAUCGACUUGAACGUCACCAUCAAAGCCGCUCGACAAGUUGGCAUGAAGGCUUUCAUCCAGCAACAAGCUGAUGUGGCGAAGCAGUAUCUGUCUUCCAAAGAGCAGUCGUCCAUCGACUACUAUACCAUGGGCAGGGACGAAGUUGUCCCCAACCCUGAGCUGGCACGCUCGACGGCAGAGGAGAUUCUCGAAGGAGUGAAGAGACUUCGUGCAGACCUCGCGAUUUUCGACGAGAAGACAAAGGACCCCAGUGGUGCGAUGGACUUCUCAAAGCGACCCGGUAUGCUCCUCCGGGAACCGAGUAUUUUCGCGGACAUUCCUGAGGCGGAAAUGCGGAAGAUUUACGAUGAGUUCACUACCGAGCAAGUCAGGAAAUCCGCAUCGUCCGACGACAGGGACGCAACCUUUGCGGAACACGAAACCUCCCAAUUCUCCCCCGACGACACCGUCCCAGAUACCGAUCCCACUGUCCCAAAGACCGAUCCCAUCGUCCCCGAUCCCGCAUCCACCACCCAACCCGACCCCUCGACCGUCACCCCUGCAAGAUCCAUGCCCCUCAGCCCCACCGGCAUCCCCCUCUCCACCCUCCGCUACGAAUCCUGGCGCGCCAUCAACGCGCUGCUCUACCAUUCCGCCCGCAACGAUCGCGCGCACGCCGCGGCGGUGGACGUGGCGAUUUGGGAGGGGAGGAGUCCGCCGAAGAGGGAGAUGGGGUUUACGGGGGAGAAUUUGGAGGUUGGGGAGUGGGGGUUUGGUGGGGUGGGGUUGGGGGAGUGGUUGGGUGAGGGUCAGGAGAGGGAGGAGGACGUGGGGGCACGAGGGGAGGAGGGAGAGGAGGGGGAGGAGGGGAGGAAACGGGAUGGGGAGGAAAGCAAAGGCGAUGUGGAAUUGGCCAGGGGGGAGAUUGGACGGUUGAGGGGACGGGAGUAG